AAGACAAGAUGGGACCUCCUAAACAAAGUAUGUAAUGAUCAAAUUGAACCAACUUUACAACCUCUAUCAGGUGAGGUCCUUCCAUUUCACACUAACUGCUGAGAUAGUGGAGCUCUACUCGACAUAUUGGCAAAGGGCUUCUGGGGUGAAAGGUUUCAAAACCUUUUUCGACGUGUGAGUUUUAACACUAAUGUGACAUAUACCAGAUACAGUAGCAUUGAAGCCAACUACAAGAAAAAUGAAUAGGAAAAAAACGAAACUAUGAAGAGCGAAUUCAACAGAGAGUAUGCGUCUUUACACGUACAGUAUUCUCAUGCACAGGAGGAUGGAGUAAGCUUACGGACACCUUAUUGAAGCAUCUUGCAUCAAUUUUGGUUGAAAAUCUUGAUUCCAUAUACGACAUGACUAUCAUCUGGCUACGCUGCAGAAUCUGUUAUCUCGAAUUGAGGCCUUAGAGAAGCUGCUCCACACUGUUGAUUGUCAUCAUCCUGUUAUGUUGGACUUACAGGAAAAACGACUUCAUUUAUUGGGCUGGGGUAAUACAACUGCUGUGAAUGCAUUUGAAGAAUACAUUACGCACAGCUUGGCUACAAAGCCCUGCAAUCUUCAAUUGCACAUGAAACUUGUGAAUUUUCUGCUGAAAAGUGGUCAGCUAAUGAAAGCUGUUAAUCACUGCAUGGAGGUGUUUGGGAGGAAAGAUGUGGUUGCCAUGACUGGAGAAUGGCUGGAACUAGUUUGUGAGGUGGCUGAGUCAGCAAUGGACAAGGGAGUUCAAGAGAAUAAUCUGUCUGGAGUGAAUGCAUUAGUUGUUUGCAUUUUCUGGAUAUGGAUACUUGAGCAACGUUUGGCAAAUACUUUCAAAGCUGGCAGGAAGGCCUCAAACCAUUUGGAUGUCAUGUUGAAUCUAAGAAGGUUUGAUUAUGCGUUGUACAAGUGCUUUUUUGACUCUCAAUUGCACUGCAAAUUGUUGACAAGCACAAACUCUAAAUCAAUCUGGAAAGCAGUUUUGAGAGAGAUGCGGGGUCGUCUGUAUGAACACUGUUCAACAUUUUUGAUUCUUCAUGGAAUGGAGCAUCGUGUAGCAUGGAAACUCGUUAAGAGACACUUCCUUGCUUGCUGUUUAGCAAGCUUUUCAGAAAAACCAUGCAGUUGUGAAGUGCUGGAAAAGAAUCCUGUAUAUUUGCUGUCCGGAGAGUUUUGGUAUGCAAUGGGUUGUAGAAGGCAUUGUCGAAUUGGACUUUGUUUGCAAAGCCUUAGAAGGCAGUUGGGAGACAGACUGGUUGAGGAAAUCAUGCUCGAUGUCACAACUGAUGAAGGUCAGCAAUCACUGAUACGGACAAUAUUUACAUCUGAAGGAAAAUCUAGGUCUAACAGAGAUGCAACCUUGUCUGAAUCUUUUCUCUGCUAUGAUCGAUCGUUUAAGGAGACUGAGGUGAAAAGUAUAGAUAAAGAUCAUCUAGCAAGAGUAGAGCAAGAGACCGUUUGUGGCAAGCCAUGUGAUCUUCAAAAAGUUGUUUGGAUUGGGUCAAGUCAUAUUCUCCAAGAAAUGGAUGAUCUUCCAAAUGUUGGCAAGUGGGGUUCUCUUCUGUUUGGUGCAAUGCCUACCUUCACAGAGAAUUUGGCUAAGACAUUGUGGGACUCUGUUACAGUUCAUGAUGUGGAGGCUUUUCUACAUGGUUUGUUCUAUGCAAAUGCUGCAGCAAUAAAAAAGUUUAGGGAAGAAUCAUUUUCGUCUGAUGCUCCACUUGUGUUCCCCAUGCUAAUCACAGAUACUCAACUACCCUCUCGGAGUUUGCAAUGGUGGGAUUGUCUUGUGAAAAUGAAUAGACUUGCUCUAAGCGAUGUGGCAGAUGUGUCACAGUCUCAGAAGUUUACAAUGCAAUCAGGCCUGGAAGUGUUGAGGGCUGUUAAACCAUUUUCUGUUGAGGCUGGACUUCUGAUGCACUUAGCAAGAGUAUUUUCUGCCAAGGCUUCUCAUAUGAGAUCUGAUGCGAAUGACUUCUGUGAAGAUGUAUGUGAAGCAAUGGAGGAAAGAGCUGUUCGAUAUUGGGAAGCUGCAUAUGAGAAACUUCGCCUGUUAGAGAGUGGCAUGUCUGACAUUGAUGUACAAAAUUUGAUGUUUCCUUGUUCACCAUGCUUUGCUGAGGAUGAGACAUCAUUGGAUAGGCUGUUAGAAUGCCAACUGGAACUAGCUGCUGCAGCUGUUCAUAAUCAAGACUUUGAGAAAGCUGUGAAACUCUAUGAUGAAAUGGAAACUCCUGAGGCUGCCUGGAAUAAAGCACAGAUAUUGAAGUUCUUGGCUAAAAAUGGCACAGGGUCCACAAUUAAAUGUGAGACUAUAGGAAAGCCAUCUGGACACUUGAAGAAGGCUGAGCAAUCUCUGAGAAUUUGUCAGUCCAGGUUAAUGAAAGACAAACACAUGAGCUUUUUCAUGAAAGUGGAAGAAGAACUGGAAAACGUGAAGACUCAACUUCAAGAUUGUGCAGACAUCGAAGAUGUGGCUGUUGAAGAAGCUGGAAUUGAUUCUGCCAAUGAAGAAGCUAUUUCUCCCCAUACAGCUCACUUUGCUGAACUUUCAAACCAGCUGGUUGAGAUUACAUCAGAAUUACAAAAGAAAGACAGUCUGCUGUCACAACUUACAGCAGACAUUCAGGCUCUGAAGGAUGAAAUGAAGACAAUGAAGGCUGCAGCGUGUAUGGUGCAACAACCUAAUCUACACCUGGUAACUAACAGACCACCCCCUUCUGCCUUUAUGACUAGAAUGCUACCUCCUGCUAUGCUACAAACGGCAUCACUGGAGAUACCUCCACAUGCUCAACAAAAUCUGUCAGCCACACUUAAGCAGGCACCAGCAGCAGUAAGUACUGGCAGUUUUCUAUUUCGAUUUGGCCAGUCAACUUCAACUGUUGCUGGCAUCAAUGAAUCAUCAUUUUUUGAACGACAACAGUCAUUACCCAUUUCUCUUUCAAUGAAUCAGCCAAGCAGCAAUCAACCAUUCCUGAGUCAGAGUCCUCCUUUACAAAAAGUCCAAACAGGGAUUGGGGUACCACAAAUGGGAUUGGACUCAGGUCCUUCUCACCCUUCAGUCUCUAGGCCCGUCCUUCAGGGGUUAUUUUCAACAACUGCACAUUUGACAUCAACACCUUUAACUGCACAAAAACUGCAGGAAGAACCAUCUGUAUCAAAUAUAGCUUCCCCUUUAAUGCCAACACCUGUAGAGAAGUUGUUUGCCUCAAAUAUGUUAAAAGACAGCCACACCUCAGUUGAUCAUGACCGGAAGGUUGUUGAAAGAUCAGUGACAAUACCAUGGAGCAGUACAAUAGGUGGGAUGGGAAGUUCAGAGGGCAGGACAGGAGAGACGUCACAGAUCAAAACAGAUGUUUCUAAGACUGAGCAAAUCAACAGUGAGGUACCAUCCAAUAAUUUGCUUUCUGAUCAUUCAGAUGAAUUGUUUGGCCAUGGCUUUUCAAGAAGUACAUCAACAUGUACUUCCUCUGUUGUAUCAUUCACUAGCGGCUUUGAUUUUGGUUUUGAAAGAACUAACUUUAUGGUUCAACAAGAUGGAUCUUCAAUGUUGGAGAAGAACGAUGGUACAGCAGAUGACGACAGAAAUGAUGGUACUCAGUUCCAGUACGGAAAUGUAGAUGACAACAAUGGUCCUGAAUUCAAACCAGUCGUUUCAUUACCUGAUUUAGUAGAACUAAAGACAGGUGAAGAAGAUGAAGAAGAAUUGUUCGUACAUCGGGCCAAGCUUUUUCGAUAUGACAAAGAAGUUGCUCAGUGGAAGGAUAGGGGCAUUGGCAACAUUAAGAUUCUGAGGAAUAAAACAACAAACACAUAUCGUGUGGUUAUGAGACGAGAAUGGGUGUUAAAAGUGUGUGCCAAUCAUUAUAUCACUAGAGACAUGGAUCUGAAAGCUCGCUGUGAUUCAGAUUGUUCUUGGGUGUGGUCCACUUUAGCCGAUGUGGCUGAUGGAAAACCUAAACAAGAGCAGCUGACUGUCAAAUUCAAAUAUCCUGCAGUGGCAAAGCAGUUCAAAGAUGUAUUUGACUCUUGUAAGGAACAAUUGGCAUCAACGAAUGUGGGAGACAGGUGCAAGAGCAAUGUAACACAAAUGCCAAAUGGUACAGCAAAACAGACCAUUGUGGAAACAUCAGUUGCUGAUGAAGGAAGGGAUUGUGUUCCAUUGAGUGAGAAAUUUCUGAAUGCUCAUGAGUCUUGGAACUGUAGUCACUGUCUUGUUGUUAACAAACCUAAUGUGGCAAAAUGUGCUGCAUGUGGCACACCAAGUCCACACACAUCCUGUGAUUCCCUGAUGCCAAAAUAUAGUUCAUCUCAAACGAGAAGUUUUCAAUUUCAGCAGGCAUUACUGAAACCACCUGAAAUUGCUGAAACCGGAAAUGUUAGCAUGGGCAGCUUUACUGAGUUUACUGAUGACAGUAUUUCCUUGUUACCAAGCAGUCAAACUAGAACUGGUAGCAAUGUGGGAAGUGUACCACCUUCAAGGAGUAGACCAAUCAUUAGUCAGAGAACUAGCAACGGCAACAGUCCAAAUGUAGUAGCUGAAACAAGCAUCAUCUCAAAUAGUGAUAUCACUAUGAUAGAAGGUGAACUCACAAUGGUUUCAGAUAAAGAAGUUAUAGUAAAAUCUCCUAUGCCACAGUCAGUGGCUGUUUUAGGUUCCUCACUUCAAGAUAAUCUGGAGGUUUCUGGUAAUUGUCAGAUUAAUGGUGAAAACGGCUUUGUUGAAAACUCACAAGAUGACAAUGUAGACAAACAUGUAGACAAACACGAGUCACCUGUGUGUAUAGAUGAAAGUGACUUUGAAUCAAAUACAUCUGAGGCAGUGCAGUCAGAGGCUGAUGAAAUUAUUUUUUUGUUUGAGCGUCAUCCAACAGCAGAGCAACUAGAAAAAGCAAACAAGUUUCAGUUGCCUUCUUCAUUUUACCUCUACGAAGACAGAGUAACUCCACCAUGGUGUAGAAAUGAGGAAAUUGACAGUGAUCAAGAUUUUAUAGAAGUACAAUUUCCUUCUACCAACAAUGAGAAGACCAACAAUGAGAAGACCAACGAUAGCGUUCGUCAGUCUGGAAUAGAAGACUCACAAAUAGAUGGACUAGGCAACAACCUCAAUUUAGUUGGACCUGAAACUGCUACCGCACAAACCUUUUUACAGUUGGCCUCAUCUUCCACUUCUGGUUUUUCGUUUCUCGAGCCUCUGUCAGAUGAGACAUUCACAUUUCAAGGAACUGGUCGUCGACUGUUUGCUUUGAAAGAGACUGCAGACGAUUAUCCUCAUGAUCCGGAAGAAGAAGCUGAUGUUGACUUUGCUCCUGUUGUGGAACUUCGGGGACCCAUUUCACUAAAAACAGGUGAAGAAGGUAUGUCUCAAGUAUUCAGUAAUAGAGCAAAACUUUAUCGAUUUGAUAAAAAUACUACUCAAUGGAAGGAGCGUGGUGUUGGCGACAUUAAACUUCUCAAAGACCAAAACAAAAGGCGACUAAGACUAGUCAUGCGUCGUGAACAGGUUCUGAAAGUUUGUGCCAAUCACUACAUCACAGAAGACAUGGAGCUUGCUCCACACCCUAGCUCUGAUCGCUCUUGGAUCUGGUUUACACCUGCCGACUUUAGUGAACAAAUAGCUUGUGCUGAGAAGUUAGCAGUGCGAUUCAGAUCCACAGAGAUUGCUGAGCAGUUCAAGAUGGCAUUUGACAGGUACAAGAGUCAGAGAUUCAAUGAUGAGGGUGCAGGUACUGACUUCGAUAACAGUGACCGUGAUAACAGUGACGCUGAUAAUACCAAUGGAGCUCUAGUUAACAAUACAAUGAGUGCAAGACCUAUAGGUCACAACGAUAAUGGUGACACAAUCUGUGACCAAGAUGUUAUGUUUGUAUGGGAGAGAAAACCAACAGCAGAUCAAAGAGCAAGAGCUUUACAGUUUCUGUUGCCACCAACUUUCUAUUUGUAUGAAGACCAACCAUCUCCAGAAGAUAAUAGUGAUGAUGGUUUACAUGAUGGUUCCACAAUGAUGAAAGGGGAAGGUGAUUAUGCUGCCUCUAAUGGCAAGUCAAAGGAAAGGAACAGUGAAAUCUCGAAAACCCAGUCUCCACAAAACAUACAGUCUAGUGAUUAUAAAGAAGGUAAAAAUGAUGAAAAGGCAUGUGUUGCUGAGUCUAAACUAUUAGGAUCAAGAGGCCAUGCAUUUCUGUCUUUUGCUGAUUUAGCUGCUAUGAGUAACAGCAGUGUGAAUGCUGAUUUUCCAGUCCAUGCAAGUUCCUCUCCAAUUUUCAGUGGUGGUGGUUCAUUAGUGUUUGGGGACACCACGCUGGCUGGCAACGAAAACGAUGUAGUAAACAACGAAGACAUUUAUUUCAAACCUAUUUGUUCUCUUCCAGAAUCAGUGGAUAUAAAAACUGGGGAAGAGGAAGAGAUCGUAGUUUUCUGCGAACGCUCAAAAUUGUUUCGUCUUGAUCGACAGAGUGGCUCAUGGAAGGAACGAGGCAUUGGUGAUAUGAAACUUCUUUGGAAUUCUGAGACAUGCAGGGGAAGGGUUGUGAUGCGUCGUGAACAAGUGUUGAAAGUUUGCACCAAUCAUUACAUCAUUCCAGAAAUGGAGCUCAAGGCAAAUGCUGGUUCAGAUUGCUCUUGGGUGUGGGUGGCUCCAUGUGGCUACUCUGAGGAAAUGCCUACAACAGAACAACUGGCAGUGCGUUUCAAGACUCCAGAACAAGCGAAGCUGUUUAAAGAAAAGUUUGAUCAGCUGAAGCAGGGACAGUUGAGUUUGGAUAUGGAUGUAAGGAAAGGAAGGCAAUUUAUUGGUUCUCUCUCUGAAACAGACCAUUCAACUUCUGGAGUCAUCUCGAAGACGUGUGAUCCUGAGGAUUCCGCUGCUUUAGAAGACAUGAUCGGUGAUCCUGCAAAGGUGCACACAGAAUCACCUGACAGGAUCAGCUUCAGAGAAGGGACUGAUCAAGAGUUUGACCAAAAUGGCAACUCCGAAUAAGUGCAUUGCUGUUGGGACAGACAUCAUGUGUAGACACUCUGAUUGCAUAGCCAUACAAGCUGGUGGUUGGGGUAUGGUGUUAUGUAGUUAUUAAACGUGAUGCUUGGCAAGUCA